AUCGACUAUCGAGGUCUCAUCAUCACGUUUGUCUAGAAUCUAUGCUUAGCUGCGUUUAUGCAAGUCACGAUCACGAUAACAUCUCAGCCAGAGCCUGGAUGUUUUGGCCUAGGAGUUUUGCCCGGAUUUACCGAUUCGGAUUGAAUUCUAGUAUUAAGAGGGUGUGAGCAUUGACUUGGAUCAUUAGAAUGGGUCUGCUGUCCCAAGGUACACCGCUCACCUGGGAAGAGACAAAGAAGUACACAGAUCAUGUCCGAAAACAUGGCAUCCAACAAUUCAUCAACCUUUACCACAAACUCAAGGAUCGCCCUUGCGACACACUCAAAUGGGGAGAUGAGAUUGAAUACAUUGUGGUAAAACAAGAUCAUAAAAACAAGAAAGCAAGAGUUUUCUUAGCAGCUGACCGUCUUCUUCCUGUUCUGCAAGAGCUUGAAAAGAAUCAACCAAGUGAAACUAAGACCACUUGGGCUCCAGAGUAUGCCAGUUACAUGGUUGAGGGCGUUCCAGGCAAGCCGUACGGAGGUCUCAUGGCACACUUUAAUACUGUUGAAGCCAACAUGAAACUCAGGCGGCAGCAGGUUUUGGGUUUAUUAAAUAGUGAAGAAGGAGAAACUUGCCUUAGCAUGACAGUAUUUCCAAGACUUGGCUGUCCAGACUUCUCCAUGCCUUCGUAUACCCCAAACCCAUCGGAUGACGGUGUUACCAAGUCCAUUUUUCUUCCAGAUGAAGUCAUUCAUAACUCUCAUCCAAGAUUCAGGACAUUGACCAAGAACAUUAGGAAAAGGAAAGGAGAGAAAGUGGCUAUUAAUGUACCAAUUUUUAAAGACACCAACACACCAAGCCCAUUCGUAGAGAAGUUUGAGAACGACUGGGAUGGCGAAUCGGCGAGAGCUGCCAAACCGGACCAUAUCUAUAUGGAUUGCAUGGGAUUCGGUAUGGGGAAUUGCUGUCUUCAGACCACCUUUCAGGCUUGUAAUAUUACAGAAGGAAGGGCACUCUAUGAUCAGCUUACUCCACUCACGCCUAUACUGAUGGCAUUGAGUGCAGCUUCUCCAGUGUACCGUGGGUAUCUGUCUGAUGUGGACUGUCGAUGGGAUGUCAUCUCUGGCUCUGUGGAUGACAGGACUAAGGAGGAAAGGGGUCUCCAGGAAUUGAGGAACAAUCGAUUCAGGGUUCCAAAAUCACGGUAUAGCACGGUGGAUUGCUAUCUCUCACCAGCGGGAGAGAGAUACAACGAUACUGAUCUCGUGCUUGAUGAAGAGCUAUGCCAAGACAUGAUCAAUGCUGGUAUUGAUAGACAGUUAGCCAGGCAUGUAGCACAUCUAUUCAUCAGGGACCCGGUUUCACUGUUCAGUGAGAGGAUAAACCAAGAUGAUGCCAAUGAUUCUGAUCAUUUUGAGAACAUCCAGUCAACUAACUGGCAAUCUAUGAGAUUCAAGCCCCCUCCUGUGAACUCUAAGAUUGGUUGGAGAGUAGAGUUCAGACCUAUUGAAGUGCAAUUGACUGACUUUGAGAAUGCUGCGUAUGUUGUAUUCCUGGUUCUUUUGACACGUGCCAUCUUGACCUUUAACCUUAACUUCCUCAUUCCGAUCUCCAAGGUAGAUGAAAACAUGAAGAAUGCACAAAAGAGGGAUGCAGUACUCAACCAACAGUUCUACUUCAGGAAAGAUAUCCAUUCAUUCAAUGACAGUGAACUUCAGACAGAUAUCGGCAAGUGCACCAGGGAUGUGACCGAGUACUAUGGCUGCAUGAGCAUCGACACCAUCGUCAAUGGCGGCUCCAUACCAGGGUGCGAGGAGGCUCGGUUCCCAGGUCUUAUCCCGUUGGUCCAUCAGUACAUCAAUACAGUUGAAGGGGUUGAUGUGGAUACUAGAUGUACAAUACUCCAUUACCUUAAACUCAUUUCAGAUAGGGCAGCAGGUCGGCUCAAGACCACAGCAAGGUGGAUCCGUGAUUUCAUCCAUACUCACCCCGACUACAAGCAAGACUCAGUCGUAUCGGAACUAAUCAACUAUGACCUUAUCAAAGAAUGUGACCUCAUCACAAGAGGUACCGUGGAAGCACCGGAUCUCUUUCACACACAGACAUCACGGUCCAGUGACGAUAUUCCAGAAUCCAUAGAGAGUAUGGAAACUCAAAUAGACACCAACUCGUGAAGUUUCCAAAUCUUCCCCAUGUUGAAUAUUUUAUACAGAUUAUAUGUUUUUAUAGAUUUAUGUUUAGAUACAUUAUAUAUAUGUGUGUAUAUAUUUUGUUUUAUAUUCAUGACUGAUGGAUUGUGCACAAUUGAUCAUGAAAUAAUAAAUUAAAAGAAUUAUAUCAUUUCUUCUAUAGUACUCUUUAGUAGCAGACCAAGGAGAAUCAUUAUUUUUAUGUGAAGGACAUUUUUUUUAUUCAGAGUCUGAGUAAGUUAGAAUUAGUUCAGUAUGCAUUUCUGUUUAAGAAGAACGAUUAUCUCAUAAUGAAAAAAAGCAAAAACAAAGAGAUUACUCAUUAAAGGUAAAUGCUAGUUUUGGUAACGAUAUCAAAA